UUUGGUAAGUUAUGUUCCACAUUUUGGAAUUUUGGGGUUUGGGUUUUUCCUAUCUGAUUGAUGGGUUUAUUGAAGAAAAGAUUGAAUUUUGUUAGGUAAAUUGAACUUUGGGGUUUCCUGAUCCUUUUGAUGGGUUGAUUUGAGGAAAGAUUGAUUUUUUCUUGGGUUGUGAUAUAUAUAUAUUUUCAUUAUUUUUCUGUAAGUAAAGCCAAAUUAUCAAACUAUAUGUCGGAAAAUUUACGGGUUUUAUUUUUAUGAAUAUGUCUUUGUUGGAUGAUUGUUUUCGCAAGAUCUUUUUCCUUAGGAAAAAUAUGCAUUUGUUUUCUGUGACCAGUGAUCAUAGUUAUCUUUUCUUUCAAUUUAUAUUUUUUUUCCUAUUGGGUGGAUAGGCUGAGAGUGGGGUGAGAUGGUGUAAAUUUUGGUAAUUUGUUUGUGGUUAGUGAAUGAAAUAGAAUUGGGACUUUUCUUUCUAGUUUUAGGAGUUCGGUCGUUACAAUGGUUUUCAUGAGUUUGUUUUGCAUAGGAUUCUUGUCCAUUUGGAAUUGGUGAAUAGCAGGAAAAGUCUGUUGAGGUGGUUUAGGAAGAAGUCAACCAAUAAUCCAGAAAUUUUGACUUCUCGCAGACUUACUGAGUCAUGCUGCUUGUUUUAAUCCCCUGUUCCAUAUUGGAUAAUUUCUACAAUACAUGUGUUUUUUAUAGGUUAUUUUUACAAAAUCUUGUCUAUUAAAUCUUCCUGGCUCUUGCUAUGUCGGAUCAACUUCAAUGGCUUAUGGGAGCAGUUGCAUACUCGCAUUGCAUACUUAUUGGUGCUUUAGUUUAUGUAUUAACUUAUAAUGGAAGUUAAUCAAGUUACCCAUCAAAAGAAAAUGGAAGAUAAUCAAGUGCUGGAAGUGCAAAGAAAUAGGUCAUAAGAAAACUGACUAUCCUUAGAGUAGGAAAUCCGGGAACAACAAUCACGUUUUCUGUUAAAAGAUAGCUGUGAGAGAAAUUUAGGGUGGGCUGAACAUGAUGCGUGUCACCUUGUUUUCGGUCUUAGUAAAGGCGUCUACGAGUCCAUUUACCUCUCCAAUGGCUGUGGUCUAGUAGCUGCUAUUUUAUCUUCAUAUGGGUUGUGUCCAGUUAAAUCAUGGUUUCAAACGUAACUAGGUUCCAACAGCUUCCUGAAUUUAACAAAAGCGUAUGUCUAAAUUCUUAACAGGAUUGCAAUUCACAGCACUCUGCUUGUAGUAGGGAAAGUCCUCUUGUCAACAUCUGAGUAUGCCCCAAGGGAUCAGUAUGGGGGAGUAUAAGCCAAAAAUUUAGACUCAAGAUCACCUUCAAUAUUAAAGCAUCUGUCCUUGAUGGUCUGAUUGGCUAUGGCAUUUUUAGUAUUAAUUUAUUGUGAUCUAGAGGUAUCCUCUGAGUGUCACAAUGGGCACACUAUCUGUUCAACAUGUAAAGCCAGGGUACACAACCGGUGUCCCACUUGUAGACAGGAGCUUGGCGAUAUCAGAUGUUUAGCACUGGAAAAGGUGGCUGAAUCACUUGAGCUACCUUGCAAAUAUGGCUCUCUUGGAUGUCCUGAGAUAUUUCCUUAUUACAGUAAGCUGAAACAUGAGGCAGCCUGUAAUUUUAGACCAUACAACUGCCCGUAUGCUGGGUCAGAGUGUGCAGUUGUUGGUGAUAUUCCUUAUUUGGUUACUCAUUUGAGGGAUGAUCACAAGGUAGACAUGCACUCUGGAUGCACUUUUAACCAUCGCUAUGUCAAAUCUAAUCCUCGGGAAGUAGAAAAUGCAACGUGGAUGUUAACAGUUUUCAAUUGUUUUGGACAGUACUUCUGUCUCCACUUUGAAGCAUUUCAUCUUGGAAUGGCUCCCGUUUACAUGGCAUUCCUUCGGUUUAUGGGAGAUGAAACAGAUGCACGAAACUACAGCUACAGCCUGGAAGUUGGAGGAAAUGGAAGGAAGCUUAUCUGGGAGGGUACGCCGCGAAGCAUAAGAGACAGUCAUAAGAAAGUUAGGGAUAGCCAUGAUGGUCUCGUUAUACAACGUAACAUGGCCCUUUUCUUCUCUGGAGGGGACAGAAAGGAACUCAAGCUACGUGUGACUGGAAGAAUAUGGAAGGAACAACAGAAUCCAGACGAAGGAGCAUGCAUACCAAACCUCUGUAGUUAAAUGCUGCUUGCAUUUCAAACCUAUCAGUUUUUGUUAUUCUUGCUGUCCUAUGUGCUGAAUUUUUGGCUAAUGUCACUUUUCCGCUACUCCGUUGUUGGCUAAUGUCACUGUUCCGCUUCUCCGUUGCUGGCUAAUGUCAUAAGUAUAUUCAGAUGUUGAAGAUUCCUCAAAAGUGUACGAAAGCUAAGUUGUUAUCUAUCAAGUAAUAAGUUUCCUUGUCAA